UGUAUACACAUAUAGAAGACUAACCUAAAUUGCUAUUAUCAUUUAUGUCUUACAUGAAUAUUAUACUAUUUGCAGACAUCCCCAUUAUUCCAGAUUUGGAUGAAAUACAAGAGGACAGCGCGCUAUCUGAUGUCAAUACUCCCACGGUAAACGUAAACAGAGUCACCGCUUACAAAGAACUCGAUACCGACUUGGUGAAGAACGCCGCGUUCAUCUCUCUAAAUGGCGUUAAUUUGUCCCUUCUUGCUGAGAAAUUGUACAAUGAAAACCUGACGAAAGAACCGGAUGAAGUGUGGAACUGGAAUCUCCUCUUCACUCAAGUCGCCUCUGAAAUAAAUAGCGAGACACAGAAAAAAAUUUCUACAUGAACCUUGUAUCAAUUUUAUAAAAAUAAAGAAUUGCUACGGUA